GCUAAUAUUAUGCCAAUUAUCGUUGAGCUCAUGGAUCACUAUUGCAACCGCCGUAAUAGUGACCACGUUUUACUGGCGAAUAUCUCGUCAAUUUAACUAUUUCACCAAAAUGGGUUUGAAAGGCCCAAAACCGGUGCCAUUUUUGGGUAACUCUAUCUAUUGGCUGUUAAAACAGCGCUGGUUUCUGGACGUCGAGUGGGACCGCAAAUACGGACAGAUAUAUGGAUUGUAUGAAAGCAAUGUACCCGUAUUAGUGGUGUCCCGACCGGAUUUAAUUAAGGCCAUUAUGGUUAAGGACUUUCAGAUGUUUAUCAAUAGACGUGUGCGUCCGGCCAGUCAUCCCGUGUUAUCGCAGAGUAUAUUCCACACGAGGGGUGAGAACUGGCGCCGCAUUCGUGCGAUCGUCAGUCCGGCCUUCAGUACGGCUAAAAUGCGUAAAAUGUAUCCAAUGGUCAGACAUUGCGUUCGGGCACUUAUGAAACACGUGGAGGACAAGGAGUCGGGCGAUUGCGUGGACAUCAAGAAAGUGUUGGGCAACUACACGAUGGAUGUGAUCGCAGCCGUGGCCUUUGCCACCAAUACCGACGCUCACAACGACCAGAACUCUGCGUUCGUGACGGCCGCGCGACAGGUGCUGGACAUAGACAUUGUCCGUAUGAUUGUUAUAUUGCUUUUGCCAAAAUGGUUGGUGAAGGCGAUGGGUAUUAAAUCGCGAGCUCCCGAGUCGGCCAAUCAGUUCUUCAUUGAUAUCAGCCGACGGCUUAUACGCGAGCGAAAGGCCGACCCAAACAGCCGUCAAAAGUAUAACGAUUUCAUACAACUUUUGGUCGACGCCCGACCAGAAGACAGGGACGCCGAAGCGACCGCCGAUGCAAACGCAUUCAACGAAAGCGAAGAGGAUCUGGCGAUUAGACGCCAAAUGCUGUCCUCGAGUGCGAAGAAACUGACACUAACUGAGGACGAGAUGGUGGCUCAGGUGUGGGUCUUUUUCAUCGCCGGCUACGACACCACAUCCGCAACGCUUUCCUUUUGUAUCUACGAAUUGGCCUUAAAUGCGGUCAUUCAGGACCGGCUGUACGACGAAGUGAUGGCAGCGGUGGACGCGGACGGAGAGAUCGGUUACGACGAGUUGUUGAAAAUGCCAUAUUUGGACGCAAUUCUGUCCGAAACGGGACGAAAGUAUCCGCCGGUGGCCACCGUUGAGCGCCAAGCGGUAGCCGAAUACCAAUUGGCCGACACCGGCAUCACUUUGCCCGCCGGUCAAGAGAUUGAGAUUCCCGUCUACGCUGUCCACCACAACCCCGAUUACUAUCCGGAUCCCGAAACAUUUAACCCUGAUCGAUUUAUGCCCGACAAUCGGCACAACAUCCAGCCCUAUACGUAUCUGCCGUUUGGCGCCGGCCCUCGCAAUUGUCUCGGUAUGCGAGUGGCACUCAUGAAAGCCAAACUCUGUGUCGUUCAUCUGAUCCAGAAGUAUAAGUUUGCAAUAAUACCGAAGACAUCGGUUCCCCUCAAGUUUGAGAUAUCAAUUAUAACCCUUAUUCCGGGCGACGUUCACAUCGGCUUCACUAAGCGU